AUGAUUGAUAAAAAUUUGGCCGUGAUCAUUUGUCUGUUUAUCCAAGGCCUCUACACUUCUCCGAUAGCCUUACCACAAGCAGUGACAGCAGCAAUCGCACCACCUGCUCCACCGCAGCCUGGGUGCUUAGGGUCCUUACAAGGGACAUUUGGGAUAGCGGUGGUCAACAUACCAUCGCCGUCAUCAACACAGAGGUUGAGGCAGAGACACACGGACCAUGACGUACAAACAACACCCGCCGCCUCAACGACGACGAUAUAUGAGCAAGUUUCACAGAUCGAAGAUGGUCAGAUUCAAGGUGGGAUACGUACCGUAGUCUUGACUCUUGCUCCAGUGACCCAGAUCGACGACGGUCAGAUACAACACCGGACUCCCACAUCGUCAAGACAGGAUCGUACGACAACGACCUCCAAGACAAGAUGUGCCAAUCGAUCAGGCACAAGUGCCUCAGUGUCUACGCCAACGACGUCUACGUCAACGCGCACUACUAGCCAAGCAGCCACGCCUACAUCCAGUCCAAGUAUUCGGCUUGCAACUCUACCGCCACCGAGUGCGAGUACGACCACGACCACGACUACGACUACGACGGCUCUAAUGCAAAUUCAAUCGUCUACACUUCCUUCACCAUUGCCAAAUACACAGCCCUCUGUUUCUCCUAUUCCCCAAACUCGACUCAAUUUAGUCAGCUGCCUUACAGAAUCGACAUUACGCUUGACACUAACAAACCACACCAUUUUGGACGCUCUUGAUCGCACCGGCUAUAUUGCAUCCAAUUAUCAGUUCCAGUUCGAUAAACCACCUCAAUCUGGCGCAAUAUAUACGUCUGGAUGGUCAGCAUGUCCUGUCAAAGAUCCGUCUGAGCCUACUCCUGCAGAGUUCAAUUUUGGCUUGACACUGGCUUUAGGUGGGAGCACGACAUUCUGGCAAUGUCUCAGCGGAUCGUUCUACAACCUGUAUACUGAGAAAGUGGCAGGACAGUGUAAUGCAGUGGAGAUUCGGAUUGUUGGAUUUGUUCAGUGUGAGGAUGAGUAA